AUGUCCCUGCAGGCUGAUUUUGACAGAGCUGCAGAAGAUGUGCGAAAGCUGAAAGCAAGACCAGAUGAUGAAGAACUGAAAGAACUCUAUGGGCUUUACAAACAA